UAGUUUUGUACUUUUAAUGAUUAUUAAUUGGUAUUUACGACAUUAUGUAAAUGGUAAUGACGCAAAGAACAGAAAAAAAAAAGGCGGGAGUACAGAUAAAGAAACUGUAGAAGUUGAAAAUCAAAUAGAAUCUCCAGAACCAGCUGUUAUUAGGUCUAAUGAUAAUAAAUGA